AUGCCGGCGCCGCUCCCUGUGGGCGCCCCCGUAAGAGUGGACGGCAUCCGUGUCCGACCGCCGCUACGAAUGGAUGCAACCCACAUUUCUGCUGCUGCACCGCUGAUGCUGCACUGGCACCAGUACGCGCGGUGCUUCCUUCUAAAACCGGUCCUUUGUGCCACUGUACCAUCAGCAUCAUACCUUAUCGUGUUGUCCUCACGUCAGACCACGUUCUCCACGGAAGAGCGGUUGCAGUCCUUCGAGCAUCAGUGGCUGCGUCAACCGGCUGUCAACACCGCCACCGAGUACCGGUCCUACGGGAGAGAACGACGCAUCCACGCUGGUGGGGCUUGUGUCGCCCACCAGUGCUGGUACUGCUACUACGGCUGCUACUGCUACGGUUACUGCUACUACUGCGUUGACUGCCGGCUGAUUUUUGCUAUUAAUGUGCUGGGAAUUCAGCGACUACCUCUCUUGCCCGACAGCGAGUGCCGCCUCGGCUUUUCUUCCUGCGAGACGGGGUACAACCAGGAGCAGCGGGAGCAGCGGGAGCAGCAGGAGCGCGGCAGCAGCAGCAGUAGUAAAACCAGUCGUAGCAACAACGUCUGCGCAGUGGAGGGACGUUGUCGUUCUUGUUGCAGCGGUAGCAGCAGUCUAGGACGUCCCAACUACAGUAUGAAGGAGACGGUGGCUGCAGCACCCGCGCUGCUGCCUGGCAGCGAGACUGGUCGCGUGCAGCUGCCUUCCAGUCCUCCGCUGGCGCCUGCUGCCGCAGCUGUGGCAGCAGCCGCAACUCUUGCUUCUCUUUCGGCUGCAGCAGGAGGUGCCACAGAGCCCCAGUCACCACAGCAAUACGCACAAACUCCAGGGCAACAGGAGAACCAGGAGCUGCCAGAACAGCAGCAGCAGGAGCAGCAGAAGCCAGAGCAACAGCAGCAACAGUUGAUGCUUGCGGGAGGUACCUCUCCUAGUACCGUAUCAUCAUCUUCAUCGUCUCACUCGUCUGCUGCUGCGUCCCAUCAUGAGGAUGAGGAGGACAAGGAACCCCAACAACAACAGAAGCAACAGGAUAAGUCGAAGACGACCGAGGAGGAGGGUAACCUGACGGAGACAGACGAUGUAGAGAAGCCGACGAGUGCAACAGUGGGAGUGAAGGAUGAUCAACAGGGAGAAAGAAAAGAACAUGAGGUAGUGCAGCAACAGCGGGGGGAAGAUUUUAAAACUAGUAGUACACAGGUGAAAGAGAACGAAGAGUCAUGUGCUGUUGAGACUGGUAGUAGAAAAUUGUCACCAGUGGCAGCUGGAGCAACCCUUCUGGAGGAGAAGCAGGAAAAGUCAGACAAGCAGGAGCAGCAGCAGCAGCAGGAGCAGCAGCGACGGCGCGACAGUAACAAGGACGACUGCAGCCAAUCUUGUAAAGAGGACAGAGAAGAUGACGGACUCUUCACCACCACGGACAACAACAGUAGUAGUAAAAGCAGCGAUAAUGUAAGCAGAGGGACCGCGAGUGACGCAGGACAGAAAGGCAGUAAGAAGCCAUCCAGAAGUAGUAGUGUAAGAGCGACUAGCCGCAGCCCACGAAUAGAAGAAGACAGCGGAGGAGACGAACAGAGCGCGAGCCCCGGCGCCGGCAAAGGGCAGACGGUGGAGAAAGGGGAGGUAGACGGAAGCAGCGACAGCAAAAAGGAAACCGAGACAGUAAACACGAACCCUGGCCGAAUUUCUCGAGACGGAACAGCUUCGAAGAGGCAAGAAGAUGGUGAAGAAAAGAGCAGCGGCAGUCGAGCGCAAGAGGAGAGAGACACAAAGACAAGUGGGGAAGUUACAAAGGUAACUGUCAAAGAGCAGCAGCCACAGCAGGAGGAGCAUGGGCAGGAGCAGCAGGAAGAGCAGGAUGGGAAGCAGGAGGAGCAGGAAGAGGAACGGCAGCACCAGCCUCGUAGUAAGGGCAGCCGCAGAGGUUGCGGAGUAGAAGGUAAAGCGUCAGCAUUAUCGAGCCGCGGUCGCUCCGGGGGGAAGCAGGUUACGGAGGGUAGCAGCAGCAGCAGCGGGAAGUGUCAGUCAGCAAGGCACAGCAGCGGAAGUAAUGCGAAUAGCCCGCGAGGACGUGGUCCAGCUGCUGAGUGGGUGGCGAAGGCGACCCCUGCAGCAGCAGCAAUAGCAGCAGCAGCUACAGGAGGUACCGCAGCUGCGGACGAGCCCCGGGACGUAUCAAAGAAGCGACAGCAGCAGCAGCAGCAGGAAGAGGACGAGGUAUCCCCGGAUCUAUCUCUGCUGUCUUCGUCAUCAUCCCCGUCAUCUUCGUCCUCCUCUUCUGCCGCAGUCGCGAAGGAGAAUGAAAGCGCAGCGGACGGCCGUGAAGCAGAAGCAGGAGAAUCGCGCGGACCGCCUCCGACUGCUACUCCUGCAGCAGCAGCGGCAGCAAGAGAGGAACAGAAAGGGAAGAACAAAAGCAGUCACACAGAGGGAGGACGUAGCUCUGGGAAGAGCGGCCAGCAGCUAGUGAAAGGUGAUGAAGACUCGGCUUGCCACAAGAGCAGGCAAGGAGAUGGAGGAAGAAGAAGAGGUAGUACGACGAUUGCACAGGUGGCGGACGAAGGACAGGAUGGAGCAGCACAAGCAGCAGCAGGUAGAGGAGGAGGAGAAGGAGCAAAGAAGAGGGAGGACGCAGAAGAAGGAAAUGAAGAAGAAAAAGGCGAAGAGAGGGAGGAAACGGGAGGAGCUGCUGGGAGAGGAAGAAGAAGCAGUAACAGCGCUGGCGGCACUGGCAAGGAUACCAAGAAAAAGACGUCUGAGGAGAAAAUUCCACAGAAGAAGAAGAGUAGCAAUACUAGCAGUAAUAGCAGCAAUAGUAGUAGUACGGCGAAUAACAGUAAUAGCAGCAGUAGCAAUAGUACGACUAAUAGCAGUAAUAGCAGCAGUAGUAGUAGUGCGACUAUCAACCGAAACAAACAAAAUAGCAAGGGCAUAAACAUAAUACAGCAGCGUCGUAGUAGUGAGGAGGCAGGCGAUGAUGAGGUAGGAGGUAGCAGCAGUAGUGACAGUCCGAGCAGUAGAAGCGGCAGCAGUGAUAGCAGCGCAGGAAGCGGCACGGACGGCGUCAGUAGCAGCGGAAGUGGCGGAGAUGUUAGCAGCAGCGCUAGGGGUAGUGAGAGUAGCGGCAACGGCAAUAGUGGUGGACGGGGUGAUGGAGCGGAUGAGAUAAACCUCACAUUACUUUCUCCGAGAAGCAUGAAGUGGGUGGACGAUGUGCAUCCACUUCUCGAAUUUUUCAACUUCACUAGGAAAGAUGUGUAUUUGCUUGUAAAGAAUGCGGAUUAUGAUGCAGAGCGCGUACAAGCAGCGGUAGGUGCUAUUGUAGAGGAACGCCGGGGGCAUGAACAAGGCAACUGGGAGGUUGUACGCCGCAACAAAGAGGUACAGAAGAAGAAACCGGCAAACGCAGGCCCCCCACAGGCGGACCCCGCAGACGAUUCGACAACACGAGACCGCCACAACAGCAGCAACAGCCUUACGCUGUGGGUAUGGGCGCCCCUG